CGCCUGGCUAAACCUCUACAGAGAUUUAGGGUUCUUGCGUUGCGGCCAAUGGAGGCGACGGAGGCCAAGGCGCCAAUGGAGGCGACGGAGGCGAUGGCGCCAGUGGAGGCGAAGAAAAAGGAGAAGAAGGAGAAGAAGAAGCCAUCGCAGGUGCCAGUAGCUGCCAAGAAGGAGGGGAAGAAGGAGACCGGGCUUGGCCUCACAGUGAAGAAAGGGGAGAAUUUCGGGGAGUGGUAUAGCGAGGUGGUUGUCAUGGGUGAUAUGAUCGAGUAUUAUGAUAUCUCCGGCUGCUACAUUCUUCUUCCAUGGUCUUACGCGAUCUGGGAGUCGAUCCAGCGUUUUCUUGAUGGGGAGAUUAAAAAUCUAGGAGUGGAAAAUGCGUACUUCCCACUGUUUGUUUCCGAGAGAGCGCUUGUCACGGAAAAAAAACACGUAGAGGGAUUUGCUCCUGAGGUUGCAUGGGUGACAAAGUCGGGAGAAUCGGCUCUGGAAGUCCCUAUAGCCAUCCGUCCAACCAGCGAAACCGUGAUGUACCCCAUUUUUGCUAAGAGGAUUCGGGGUCACAGAGAUCUUCCUUUCAAGAUCAACCAGUGGUGUAACGUGGUUCGCUGGGAGUUUAAGCACCCAACUCCUUUCAUAAGGAGUCGUGAGUUUCUUUGGCAAGAAGGCCACACCGCUUAUGCAACCAAGGAAGAAGCGGAUGAGGAAGUGUAUGCGGUGCUUGAUCUCUAUCGAAGAGUGUACGAGGAAUUACUCGCUAUCCCCGUCAUCAAGGGGGUGAAGAGUGAAGUCGAGAAGUUCGCGGGUGGACUCUACACGACGACUGUGGAGGCAUUUAUUCCGCUCACUGGUCGUGGAAUCCAGGGUGCUACCUCGCAUUGCUUAGGCCAGAACUUUGCGGAAAUGUUCGACAUUGUUUUUGAGGACGAGAAGCGUGAGCGUAAGAAAGUUUGGCAGAAUUCGUGGGGUCUGACUACUCGAACAAUUGGCGUCAUGAUCAUGGUACACGGAGAUGACAAGGGUCUGGUGCUCCCUCCUCGCGUCGCUCCAGUACAGGUUAUCAUAAUUCCAGUGCCUUACAAGGACGUGGACACACAGAAGCUUUUUGACGCCGCCGCUAGCACAGCUCGCCAGCUUAAAGCCGCUGGACUGAGAGUGAAGGAGGAUACGAGAGACAACUAUUCGCCGGGUUGGAAAUACUCGAAUUGGGAGCUCAAAGGCGUCCCUUUGAGAGUUGAGAUUGGUCCUCGAGAUCUAGCAAACAGUCAGGUCCGUGUUGUGAGGCGGGAUACUGGCGCUAAAGAAGAUGUGCCAAUGGACAAGAUCGUCGACCGUAUCAGCGAGCUUUUGGAAGAGAUCCAACUCCAGCUGCUAGAAAAGGCUCGCAAAGAGAGGGACGAUUGCAUCGUCAAGGCGUACACUUGGAAGGAGUUUAUGAAGGCCCUGGACGAUAAGAAGAUGGUGCUCGCUCCAUGGUGUGACGAAGAGAAAGUAGAAGAGGACGUCAAGGCCAGAACCAAAGGAGAGAGUGGAGCUGCCAAGACGCUAUGCAUGCCUCUCGAUCAGCCAGAUCUCCCAGAAGGUAUCACGAUUCCUCGGCGCUGGUUUUCGCGAUUAAUUCUUUCUUUUUUCUCAGGGACCAAGUGCUUUGCUUCGGAAAAACCUGCAAAGAAGUGGGCUCUCUGGGGACGCAGCUACUGAGAAUGAGAUUAUUUACGAAGAAAAUGGAAAAAGACAAUUCGUUUUGCUUCUUUUGCCACCAUAAAGUUCAUCCAUUCGGUA